GGACUCGUGUGACGUGACGUAUUUCCUCCGCGACUGCAGGAGCGGUAACGUCGAUGAAAACAAACGAUAACGCUCAGUAUGGCGUUAAAAUCUGGAGAGGAGCGCCUGAAGGAUAUGGAGGCAGAGAUGGCUCUGUUUGAGCAGGAGGUGUUAGGAGGACCUGUGGCAACUACAGUGGUUGAAGCUGUGCCAGUUGCUCUGGCAAUGCCAGCCGUACCCAUCAUCAGGUCCAUCAUUGGUACAAACACCUACAGAGAGGUCCAGCAGAGUUUGGAGGCAAGAGCUGCCACUUUUGUUGGUCCUCCACCUACAUUUGUUGGUCCUGCUAUGCCGGCAAUAGCGCCUCCUCCAAUGAUGCGUCCAGCAUUUGUCCCGCAUGUCUUACAGAGACCAGGGGGUCAGAGAAUGCCAGUGAUGCGUGGUCCACCUCCUCAGGGCAUGAUAGCGCCUCCUCUUCCCAGACCUCCACCUCCUCCACCCAUGAUGAUGGCUCCUCCUAUGUCAGGACCCCAUCAGCCCCCCAUGGCUCCUGUUGGACCGCCCAUGGGACCCAUGGCGUUAGUUGGAAGCAUGAACCCUAUGACUUCAGCACCACCACGACCAAUGCCCCAAGACCCUUCAAAGAUCAGUCCCAGUGUUAUACAGGCAGCCCCCACUGUUUACACAGCUCCUCCUGCACCUAAGAGAGCUGACCUCAAGAGCCAGAAACAAGCACGCAUAGAGGAGUUGUCAGCGUUGGUAGCAGAGCAGCAGGCCGCAGUCAUGGCAGCUGGGCUUCUGGAAUCAAAGAAGGAGUCGCUCACCGAUGACAGCGUGAUUGGGCCGAGCAAGCCAGAGCCUGAGCCUACACAUGUGGAGCCUGCUGAAACUAGCACAGAAGAUAAGAAGAAAGGAAAACAGGAAAAGGUGAAGAAAUGCAUCCAGGUAGCAGCUGGUGUCACAUGGGAGGACACCAGCCUGACAGAGUGGGAUUCAGAUGAUUUCCGGAUAUUUUGUGGAGAUUUGGGGAAUGAGGUGAAUGAUGACAUCCUUGCGAGAGCGUUUAGCCGUUAUCCAUCCUUCCUGAAGGCGAAGGUUGUUCGUGAUAAACGCACUGGGAAAACAAAGGGUUAUGGCUUUGUGAGCUUUAAAGAUCCAAAUGAUUAUGUGCGUGCCAUGAGAGAAAUGAACGGGAGGUAUGUGGGCAGCAGACCCAUCAAACUGAGAAAGAGUUCAUGGAAGGAUCGUAAUCUGGAGGUCGUGCGCAAAAAACAAAAGGAGAAAAAGAAGUUGGGACUAAGAUAAUCCAUUUGUACUGAAACCGUGUAUUUGUGUUGAUUUGUGUGUUGAUUUGUGUGUGUUUGUGUGUGUUUGUGUGUGUGUGUGUCACCCAGGACCUGUAUAAUGGAGUAGGAAUCACUCACACUUCUGCAAUAGUUGCAAAUAAACAAGCGGAAGCUUCUCAUAUGGCCCUUAUUACUAUUAAAUCUACAUAUAUUUCCAUGGGUAGUAUUACACACUGGCCUCUCCCUCUCUUAGCAUGCUGAAAAAUCAUGCAAAUUCUUUCACUUGUCGAGAAAUGUUUCAAUGUAUAAAGUGUGUUAAUGAAA